UGUGUGCCUUAGCAGUCACAUUCUCUCGGGUGCUUAAGAGCCCCUUCCAGAAUCUUGUUUUUGUGUUCUAAGAAAUAUGGUUUUCUUUUUCUUUUUCAUUUUCUUUAGGGUGGGUUUGGUCAGCUUCAUUUGCAUUUAAUAUCCAACUAUAUGCAUUUUCUUCAUAAAAACAAGUUCUACAAGCCAUCUUCAAACAAGACCAACAUUCAAAUUCCCUCGCUACGUCCAACAAUCAAAUUCCCUCGCUAUGUCCAUAAGCCUUCUUAAACCAAUCCCAACAGCCAGAUUUCCCUGGUUUUGUCCAAACAAUGAAGUUCCACCACCAUAUCCAUAUAUUCUUCUUAUUCUCUCACAUUCAUAGCUGUCCAUUUGAAGAAAGAACUGCUCUCCUAAGCUUUGCUCUCCUAAGCUUCAAGGCCAGUCUCUCAGACCCAUCAGACCGUCUUUCCUCAUGGAAAGGCACCGACUGUUGCAAAUGGUUUGGAAUCCAAUGCGCAAAUCGUCAAACACACAACAUGUUAUAGGAGUCAAGCUCCGAAACCCACAACCAGACCACCUGGUUCGAGGCCUCCAAUCCAAAAUCCUAACCCGAAAAUCUUCAAAGACCCUCAAUGGCACCAUCUCUAACUCUCUCUUCAAUCUCUUGUACCUCGAGUAUCUAGACGUCAGCAGGAACAACUUCCAUCAAUCUAGAAUACCACUCCAGCUCACAAAUCUAAAGAAGCUCACUUAUCUUAACCUCUCCAACUCUGUGUUUUCGGGUGUACUUCUGGACCAGUUUAGAAAUCUCUCUAAUUUGAGAUACCUUGACCUUUCAUGUUCUUUUCCCAUCUUAGAUCUCUCCUCUGUUUCUUACAACUUGUCAUCUCGGAGACCUUCUAUGAAUUCCGUAGUUUCUUAUUAUUCAUACAGCAAUAUUUACAGUCCCAGCCUCUCCUGGUUGGAAGGGCUGAUUAAUCUCAGGGAUCUUAGACUUGAUGGGGUUGACCUCUCCGGUUUUGCUUCAGAAAAAAAUCGUGAUUGGGCAGAAGCCAUCUCACUAUUGAGCAAUCUCAGGCAACUUUCUCUUUCAGAUUGUGGGAUUUCAGGCACAAUUCCUGUAAAUUAUCUCCUCAACCUCACUUCUCUCUCGUCCCUGCAACUUGGGUUUAAUUCCUUUCUCUCUCAUAUCCCUCCUCAGCUCACAAAUUUUAGUUCUCUCUCCUCCCUGGAUCUUACAAGCAAUCUCUUAGGAGGCACCAUCCUGUAUCUUCCACAGCUGAAAGAGUAUAUCGUGGAUGGUAAUGGCGACCUUGGUAUCAAUAUUUCUUAUCUAUUUCAGCUCCCAUGGCCUCAUCUAGAAACCAUUUCUACCCGUUCCUGCAAUUCUUAUGGGGAGAUACCUAAUUCAAUCUCAAAUGUCUCCUCUCUAGUGGAGCUUCAGAUGUCCAGCAGUACUAUACAAGGAACCGUACCAGAUUCAAUUGGAAACCUCUCUGAGUUACAGUCAUUAGACCUCUCUUUCAACAGCCUAACAGGCAACAUCCCUGCUUCUCUCUCCAACCUUAGAAACCUACAAGUUCUCAGCCUAUAUGAAAACAACUUAGAUGGACAGAUUCCUGAAUCCGUAUGUCAAAUGUCAGCUCUCGAAACUUUAAAUCUCGCAGGAAACAAUUUCAAAGGGAGGAUACCCAAAUGCAUUAAUCAACUCUCGCAGAUCCAAGUCUUCCGUGUUAACAACAAUUACAUGGAUGACACAGUUCCUUCUAUUGUUUCCAUGUUCCCGAAGGCCGACCCCUUUCAGAUUGAUUUAAGCUCAAGUGGGUUAACUGUUCAAACGGAUUCUAACACAUUUUCCCCAAACUUCCAGCCAGAGAUUCUCUCCUUACAUGCUUGUAAUAUAAAAGGUAAAAUCCCAGAUUUCAUCUCUAACCUUACCCAGAUAGCAAUUCUUGAUCUUGGAAAUAACAGCUUGACGGGAACCAUUCCUCUAUGGCUCUGGACUCUACCCAAGCUCUCAUACCUGGACCUCUCUUGCAACCAUCUCCAUGGAACUGUACCACCCUCUCUGAAAAUGAAUGUAUUUUACACAGCAACACACUUAAAUCUGGCUGAUAACAAUUUACAGGGGCCUCUUCCUCUUCCCCCAGAUAUCAUUGAAGUAUUAGACCUUUCCCAUAACCAAUUCAAUGGCUCAAUCCCAACCCAAAUAGGAGAAAGGCUAUAUAUUGCUAAAUACAUUUCCCUUUCAGGAAAUAAACUCACAGGCCCAAUUCCACCAUCACUAUGCCAAGAAAACAGCCCUCUGAUGAACCUGGACCUGUCAAACAACAGCCUUUCAGGAACCAUCCCUUCCCAAUUUGGACUCAACUGUAAAUCUCUCAUCUCUCUAAACCUUGGAAUAAAUCACUUCACAGGUGUUUUACCAGAUACUCUAAGAAAGGCCACCAAUUUGAGGUCUCUCCGACUAAACGAUAACCAACUGGAAGGUCUCUUUCCUGAUUUCAUCCAAGACCUCAAAGGAUUAGAGUUUUUGAAUCUGGGUACCAACAAAAUGGAAGGAGAAAUCCCAGGGUUCAUUGGGGAUCUCUCUAAGCUUCGAGUUCUCCUGCUCAAUUUCAAUUCCUUCAAUGGAAGCAUCCCCACAAAGACAACCCAGUUAAAGAACCUCCAAUUCAUGGAUUUAUCACAAAACCAGUUGGUGGGUUCCAUUCCUAUUCAACUAAGUGGCUUCCAAGCUCUUCUUCAGAUGCACACGAAAGGCUACCUUCUCGGGUACAUGAUCGAGCUCACAUAUCUCGGCCUUGAACUGGAAAUGGUGAGCAAAGGCUUAGAGCUCCAACUAACCACUGUCUACUCCUACAACACUGGACUGGAUUUAUCAGAAAACCAGUUAGAAGGAGAAAUACCAGAAGAUAUAGGGAAGUUGCAAGGUAUAUACAUGCUAAACUUAUCUAGGAACAAGCUAAGUGGGCAAAUACCAGAGAGCAUAGGAAACAUGAUCAGCCUAGAAUCACUGGACCUCAGCUUCAACCAUUUGGAAGGAGAAAUUCCAGCUAGUUUAACUCAAUUGGAUUAUUUGGGGUGGCUUGAUCUGUCCAAUAACAAUCUUAGUGGUAGAAUACCGGCAGGAAAUCACUUCGACACACUUGCGAAACCACCUGCUUUGGCAGGAAAUCCAUUUCUAUGUGGACCGCAGAUCUCCAAGUCUUGCAGCAAAGGUGAUGACAGAGAAGCCAGAGGAGAGGCAAUGGAAGAGAGAGGAACGGGAAAGGAAAGGUUAAUUUGGUAUGUGGGACUGUUUUUAAGCUACUGGUUAGGGUUUUGGGGGUUUCUAGGGUUUUUGAGUGUGAAGAGAGAGUGGUGGGGAAGGUAUUUGGAGGCCAUGGAUGAAGUUGCAGAGAAGGUGGUGGCGACAUGAACAGGAGUUGGAGGAAGGAGGAGGUUGCACCCUAUUCGCCCAAGUCCGCGGAUUGAAAUGUUGAUCGCUCGUAAAUAGGGAUAGGCUACAGGGGUGUGGUUUG